CAAUGUGUAGAAAGCAAGCGCAGGCCCCUGCAGAGAACUUGGCGCUCAUUCAGCUUGGUGCCCGGAUCGCACAGCAGUGAUAGUCGUUUGGGUCACCCUCACAGCUUGAAUGGGGAAAUCGAUCCCCUGGCACUGACCCUGCCGCCGCAGGGGACCAAUCUUGUCAAGUUUAAGAAUCUGGGGCUUCAAGAUCUGUCCGAGAUCAGUUCAGAGCUGGUGGACUUGCCCGUGCAGAGGGAUGUGCCGAAAGAUGCUGCAGGAGGCGGCAAGGGCGGCCUGGACAUGGGAGGCCCCCCGACCGUGGUGCGCCCGGCGACCUUGAACUUGACCUAUGGGGGUGACCCAGAUCGUAGGGAGAGGCGGCUGCCCCCCGCCGCGCCGAGGGGAGAGGACGACAUCUUGCCGUACGUCGAGGCUCCGCCGCGCCCGCUAAAGAGGGUGAUGCAGUUGUGGGGGCGGGACAAGCAGCAGCCAGGGUCGCGCGCCUACCGCCCGGGACAGUGGGGCAGGCACGACCGCAUCCUGGAGCAGGGCCUGAGGGGCAAGGGCCCCGGCGUGCCGCCGUUGGGUGACGGCUUGCACGUCGUCCAGGUGCAUUGCGAGGACCGCGAGGGGAAGGCCGCCCAGGAGGCCGCCCAGGAGGCCGCCCAGGAGGCCGCCCAGGAGGCCGCCCAGGAGGCCGCCCAGGAGGCCGCCCAGGAGGCCGCUGAGGAGGCCACACUGUUCAAAAAAUUGUUGUAAAUUUACAACACAUUUAAUGUAAAGUUUGAUAGCAACACAUGUUGUUAAAAAAACGAAACAUGUUGUAAUUCAACGACAUUCACAAAAUUUUCUGAAACAAAUUUUUAUCUCAAAACAGUGAAUAUUUACUUCCGCCUGCACCAAAAAUUUGUAGUAACACAAACUUGUUCGUUCUGUAACGAUAUAUCUUGCUAUUAAACUUUACAACGGUUUUGUUGUAGUAUUACAACAUGGAGAAAAGUAGGAAUCAUUAUGGACCACUACGGGGAAAAAAAGGAAUUUUUUAACAAACUAGUCAUCACAAAUAGUGAGAUUAUUUGACAACUUUUUUUAACAGUGCGGCGAGGAGGCCGGCGAAGAGGCCAGCGAGGAGGGCCAGUUGGCCGACAAAAGAGGGGACCACAAGGCCGGCGAGAAUGCCUGUGGCUGGGCUGGCGAGGAGGCCAUGCAGACUGCAGAGUUGGUGAAGAGCAUGCCGCCUCCCCACUGGACUGGCGAGAUCUCCACGAUCGCGGCCGAGGCUGGGGCAGUCUACAUCGACUACGAGGAGCAGAGGACAGGCAAGGAGGCCGUGCAGACUGCAGAGGGGGCGAAGUGCCGGCCGCCUCCGCACUGGACCAGGAGUCUCUCCCUGAUGGCCGCCGAGGCCGGGGCUGUCUUUAUCGACUACGAGCAGCAGAAAACGCUGGAGAACGUCCCGGCGCCCCCGGAGGCGUUUGCCGACCGAGUCCCGGGGGAGCCAGGCGCGCCGGCCUCGACCCUGCCCGAGACCAAGGACGUCCCCGAGGGGGCGGUGGGGCCCACGGCCGCGCCCGCAAACCUGGAGACACACUUCUCCUACGUGCCCUUCGCGGAGGCGCUGGAGGCCGACACACCCAAGACGCAGGAGGGGUGGCUGCGGCGCUUGCCGCUAGUGCGCCGGUGGCGCGAGGCUAGAGAGAAAAAGUACAAGAGGAAGCAGGGCAGGGAGAGGACGGCGAGCGAUAGCUGCAGCGACGCCGGCAACGACGCCACGCCAAUCGAAGAGGCUAUGCGCCUCCACAGCAUCGCCGGCGUGCUAGGCGUUGACCUCGGGGACCAGGAUCAACACUACAUGCGCGCUAGCGGCGACCAGCAGCUCGCCGAGGACCAGGUACAGGGAUCAGCUGCAGGCCCGGCCGGAGGUUGGCUUCCACCCAGCGCAGACGCUGGCGCUCAGGUCCAGAUCGAAGAGGCUCCGUGCGCCCAGCCUGUUGUCGAGGAGCCGUCCCGCGCUCCAAUGCAUGUCUCCUUUACCAGCCCUUCAGUGAUGGUCGGCCCCAAGGCCGUCGCCCGACAUGGACCCCUAGAUCCAGAACGACCCGUUCAACUUCGCUCUGCCCUGCGGUCUCCCCGCACCCCCGAAGGACUUCCUCCUGUACCUGGUACGUCCUCGUCAAGGCGCCCAUUGAAGGUAACUUAACUUUAAACUGCGUUACUUACAAUUUUGCGACUUGCGUUACGUUACGUACUGUAACUA